UUCAGAAUUCAAACAAUUUAUGUUCGGAUUGGAAGUACUAAUUCCGAUAGUGGUGGAUUGGAGUACGAAACGUCUGUAUUCAGUUCCCAUCCAUUCUACGAUGAUGAGACCAGCGAUUAUGAUGUUGGUAUAGUGACCGUAGCUGAAGGAAUGACCCUGGAUGGAACAAAUGCCAGAACGAUUAGGAUGGUUGGAUACGGCUCUGAUGUUACCGAUGGGGAAACAGUGGUUGUCACUGGCUGGGGGGCGACUAGCGAAGGUGGCCCUACCUCACAGACGUUAAAGGUUACGUCAGUUCCAGCUGUAGAAAGAACACAAUGCGACGCAAUCCUCGGAGGUAUCACUACCAGAAUGUUCUGUGCCGGCUUUACUGAAGGCGGGAGGGAUACAUGUCAAGGAGAUUCCGGUGGUCCCGCGGUGACUGGCGAUUUGCUGGCUGGUGUUACAUCGUUCGGUUAUGGCUGUGCUCGCCCCAAUUCUCCAGGAGUUUAUACUCGCAUUGGCAACAUAAAUGUCAGGGCAUACAUUGCUUUCAUGACUGGUGUUUAAGUUCAUAAACAAGUGAAUUCCUUUAUUACUUGAUCAUUAUUAUUCUUCGUUUUGUUUGAAAUUAGUUCUUAUUUAAAUAGUAGGAUAUGCCAAUUGCCCAUAGUUUUGUUACUACAAAUAUGACCUAACAGUGGCUGAUUAAGAUUUUUUUUAAUGAAAGUUAUUUCGGAUUAUGAAUACUUCCGGAUCGAGUUUAAACGAAUAACUAUAAUUUUAAUUUGUAAAGUGUUAUUUAUAUUCUUAGCAAUGAAAUUAAAUCAAGCUGUAGUUAUUUAGAUGGAAUUCACUAUUUAUUGUUAUUAUUUAAUAAUCUUAAUAAAGGCGCUGUUUACUUUAUUUUCAUGAUUUAUUGUCGCUGUGAAGGCCAGUAUGCUGAUUAUUACCACAACCUAUAACUAAUAUAUUUGUGGUAACGACAUUAAAAUUUGCGCAGGUUGGAAUUUUCCAAAUUCCUUGUACCGAGUGCACCUACCAUUAUUCAUGACAUGACAAAUGAAAUUUUAAAAGUAAAAAUCCCGACAUUCGUUAUUAAAA